UCAGUUUUCCCUCUUUAUUAAUAAAAUAUAUUAUACAAAACGUCUUCAUUUAUGCGAAUUUGGAUGGAAGAUUCUGGAAACGUUCCUUUCACCCUCAUCAGAUCGAUAACAGAGGAAGAGGAAGAAGGAAGAGGAAGAGUCUGAGUCGCUCGUCAGUCGCUGCAACGGGAUGAUGAUUGUAGCCAAAUGCAAAGCCACGUGGACCGCCCAUGCCGGCGCAUAGGACAGCCUCGUAGUACAAAAACGGGUUUGCCAUAGCACCGCGCCGGUAAAGUGCUGGAAAGGGAAUCGAGUGGAUGCGAUUGCGGCGAGGGCAAGGUUGAGGUCUAGAGGCGAGGAAUCGGCGGCGACAUCGCAGUCGCGGCUAGAGGACUCGACGAUGUUGCUCUAGCUGGGGCUCAAGUUCUUAACAUUUUCCAAAGGGAGAGGGAAGUUUGUCUUGGCCUUAGGGCCACGAAACUCUCGUGCUGCGGCGUCGUAGGCACGCGCUGUCGCCUCCGCAGUGUCGAAGGUUCCGAGCCAGACGCGGCUCUUCUGGCUGGGAUCUCUGAUCUUCGAGGCGUAUCUCCCCCAUGGCCUCUUUCUCACUCCACGAAAAUGCACCUCCGGUGAUAUUGAUGAUACAUGCAGGAGCCAUCAGCCAUGCUCAUGUGGGAUCUGCAUCUGUGUUGGUUGGUGAUAUUGAUGAUGCAUUGGACUCUGAAAAAAGGUACUUGAAAAGGGGUGUGAAUGAUCGGGGGAGGGUUGCUAAUGAUGUUGAGACAGAGCAGAUUGUCCUUGAUGAAGAAUCAGGCUCUUGCAAGGGAAAGAUGAGUUCAGUUGUGCAAAUGCGUGGAUCAAUACCACUUUUCUGGUCACAAGAAGCAUCCAGAUUUAGCCCCAAGCCUGAUAUAAUUUUGCAGAGGUAUGAUCCAACAUACCAAGCAACAAAAUUGCAUUUUGAAGACCUAGCUAAGAGAUAUGGCAAUCCAAUUAUUGUUCUGAAUUUGAUUAAGACAGUUGAGAAACGGCCUCGAGAAAUGAUGUUGAGGCGUGAAUUUGCAAAUGAUGUUGGGUAUCUGAACCAAAUUCUACCAGUGGAGAACCAUCUUAGAUUUAUUCACUGGGAUUUUCACAAGUUUGCAAAGAGCAAGUCUGCCAAUGUUUUGGCAGUUUUAGGAGCUGUAGCAAGUGAAGCGCUCGAUUUAACUGGUUUUUACUACAGUGGUAAACCCAGCAUCAUUAAGAGAGCCAACAAGAGCAAUCAAACAAGCACAGGGAGGUGAAUGGUUCAGUGAUCCACUCACCAUCAGAGUUUGAUGCAGCUUCAAUGGCUUUUGAGAUCCCUCUCCUAACCUAUGGUUAAGAGGUUAGUUGAUUUUCAGCCCUUGUGUUUGUUCUUGUCUUGGUUGAGAAUACACAUGUAUUGCAUAAUAAGACAGAACUCUGAAAAAAUGUCUCCAUUCAUCUUCACCUACUACAUCAUAUACAUCCUUAAUCCUUCAAUGACUAGUUGUAGUUGUAAGCCCCUAAUCUUUGUCUGAUUUCUGAUUAAUCAAAUGGGAAAACUAGUUUUUGUUUGCAUUUUAAUCUAUGUGGUUUGACAGAUUUUUUUUAUUGAAUUCAGUGGGACUAAUUGUUGGAGAUGUGUGUGUUCUCAAGUUAAACGUAUGUUUUUGGAUUGGUUGAAAAAGGUUUUGAUGGAGUCUCUAGUACAUAACUAUGUAGAAAUUAUGAACAAAUUUUUCUAUUUACUGGUGGUAUUUAUCAAGUUGAUUUAAGUGAUUAUUUAAAAAAUUUGAUUUUUUAAUCUUAGAAUUAAUUUAUGCUAAUUCUCAUAUUCAAAUAGAUAAAUGACCAGGAAAAUUAAUAAAAGUUCAAGAAAAACACAAAUGAACUAUAACGGAAGUUUGUGAAAUAUUUGGGAUAACAUUAAAGUUUGAAAAAAAAUGCCUAGCAGAAAGAAAGAGUAUUUAUGGUGGAAAAAAAAAAUGCCUAGCAGAUAGAAUAUUUAGUCCAUUUAUUAUUUUCUCUAUUUAUAUUUUUUAAUUUCCUUCUAUCCUUCUUCCCUGCAUCCCAUUUUGGGUGGAGGUCUACCAUUUUACUCAAAACCAUACAAAAAAAAAAAAAUCAAUUCCAGUGGAUAUUUAAUUUAAUUUUAUAAGUGGUAAUAAACCGUGUUCUCUAAAAAUGGGGUGUAUUUAGCUGAAAAGAAGACAGGAAAGAAGUAAUAAAAAAAGAGAAAAAAAGAUAGAAAUGAGGUAGAAGCAUAUAUAGUUUUUAUAACCAGAUCAAUUUGAUUAUUAUACUAUCAUGCAAAUAGUAUUUUUAUCAUGCACAAAGUAUUUUUAUACUAUCAUGCACAUAGUAUUUUUAUCAAAUAUUAUUUGUUAAGUUACCAAAUAAACUAAUGCAUAAUUAAAAUAAUAAAGGAAAAAUUCACAAAAACAGAAAAUAUAUAGAAAGCAUAUAUAGAAAAGCUUUAAAGAGAGAACAGUGUAGAGAAAGCAUAUAUAGAAAACCAUGGACGUUGUAUGUAUACUAUAAAGUCAACAAAAAGUACUAAUAAAAUUGUGGAUGCUGAAAGAGUUAGUUAAUAUAAGCAACAUAGCUUCUUGUAUUGUAUUACAUAUUUGUAUUGUAUUCAGUAACUAAUUUGAUAGCUGAAAAUUGACCUGGGUUCAUAAAUUUCAAAAAAUAAAAAAAAAUGUCUCAUUCUACAUCGGUUCAAAUAUAACCGAUGUAGAAACAAUCACUAUUCUACAUCGAUUCUAACAUCACAGCCGAUAUUAAUGUCAAUGUUUACAUUGUUUGGUUAAAAUCGGUUUUGUAUUGAAAAUCGAUAUUGAAGCUACAUUUAAAAAUAUUAGAACGUGAGUCCUAUUUUCCUCGCGCUCUCUUCUCCUCCGUCUAAGGUUCGUGUUCAUGACUCUAUCUCAACAUCUGCAACCCCUGUGACAGCGUGCCACCGUGACACCUCGCCACCAUGCCCAGGUAUUUUGUUGUAACCUUAUUUUCCGUGACUCUGUCAAUACCAUUGUUGCAACCUUGUUUUUAUUUUAUCCACACUUUGGUCAAGCAUAAGUACCUAUUAUGUAUAUGUAAUUAGGUAAUGUCGUGAAUUGCUAAAUGCAUAUUCCAAGCCUUUUAGUUCCAUUUUAACUUGGUUUGUCGCUAUUCCCUUUAUUUUGUGGCUGGCUCAAUCAAUUACCAGAGCAAUUGUACAAGAGUUUUUUUUAAAAAAAUUUUAAAGGUAUGAUUUUUGUUACAUUUCCUUUUUCAUACAUAUGAUGAUUUAUUUGAUAGCACUGGAGUUACAAAUCUUGUUUCACUGGUCAAUGAUCUAAGGGUUUCUAAAAAAAAAGGACAGUUACAAGGUAAAUGUACUAUCUGUGUUCUAUCUUUAGACGGGAAGAUUGUUACUGCUUCCCUUUUUAAUAGUACUUGAUUCAUAGCAAAUAGUUGUGGCCAUGUGCAUGGCAGGCCCUUUGCCCAUGUUCUUAAAGCUAGAGAUUUUUGUGUAAAAAGGUGUUUGACUUGUAUCUAUUUUUCAUUGGUUCAUCUUAGUAUUUGAAUAGUCAUGGACAGGGAAUCAACUUGCACUAUUCUCAGUUAAUAGCAAUAAGUAGUAUGAGUCAUGAGUUCUAAUAUUAUAUUUGCUCAUGGUAAGUAAUAUGAAUCAUCAUAUUUGUUUUUCCCUAGACCAAAGGGGAGUGAUCUCAUUAAUUGCAACCAAGGGAGAAAGUUGGUUCUCCAAUGGUAUUUGUAUAUGAUGAUCAGAUUCAAGAGGUAAGGGAUUGAGAGAUCGCAGCAAACCUUAAGGCAACUAUGGUUAGCCAUUUUUUAUAACUUCCUUCCUUAACCUUAGUCUUUGUCACUAAUGUCUAUUUUCCUAUAGGGUGAUCACUCACAACCCCUCAAUUGGGGGGUUUCGGUUUGCUUGUUCUUGGUUGUUGUUUUCUUUUUUAAAGUGCUUCAAAUAUAAUUAGGUAAACAUAGACAUUUAAACCAAUGUGAAGUAACUGUUGUGUGUUAGUAUCAUUCAGAAACUACUAUUUAUAUGGUUGCUAAAGUGCAUACAAAAAAAAGGAUUUUCAGGUGUGGGGUCACAUGUAUUAUAGGAGGCAAGUUGGCAGCACCAACUUAACAGUUAACUUAACAUCAGUUAAGUUGUGUUUGGUCUCUCACUUGGAUCACCAACUUAAUAGCUUCCAUGUUUUGCUUCUUUUUUUUUUGCAUGUUCUCAACUUGUGGACAUUCGUGGUUGAUAAACUAUGGUGACGUUUGAAUAGAGUGAUAGAGAGGGUGAGGACUAUAAGAGGAAGUGGUGGUCAAUGUAGGUAGUAACUGGUGAGGUAGUUUUUCUACUGAGGAUUAAAAUAAAGACUACUACUACUAUCACUUGCCACGUUAGGAUGGUAUUUACAUGAAUAGUAGCAGAUUUAAGUUCUCAACUGCAUAACUAAUAGAUUAAAUAAAUUGAAGAAAGUUUGCAUGAUAAAUUGAACGCACUUCUUAUUUAUCUGGUUCUAUAUUAGCGGAAAUGGCAACUUAAUGUACUCAUUGCUUACAGUGAUUAUCACGGUUGCUACAUAAAUAUCGCUAGCAUCAAUUUUGGUACAACCAAAUGAUGACAAGGACUUAAGGUUUUUUAUUAUGACCCAAAUAUUCAAUUAAAUUAACAUAAUGAACUAGCUCCAAAAGAUUUUUGACAACUAUAACCUCGUGGAAGUGUAGAAAAUGAGUUGUAAGAUUAAUAUUCUUGAUUCACUUUGCACUUAGUUUACUAUAACUACCACUUAUAAGAAAAUUGUUCAUCAAAUUUGUUUAUUGUAUGAAUAAAUUUUAUGACUCAAACUAUAAUUCAUCACAUUGAUUCAGCACUUAGUUUAGUAUAACUACCACUUAUAAUUUUUAUUGACUGUUUUAUGCGUCUUAAAUGAGAUGAAUUUGUUUUGCUAAGAUGAGACUUGUUUUGUAGUAAUGGUUUGAUCACUUGCUUUUCCUCUUGUUGACUGCUUUAUGUGUCUCUAAUAAGAUGAAUUUGUUUUGGAAACAAAUUCAUUGGUUCUUGGUCAGAAAUUGGUAUGGAUUCCACUGCCAAACUCAAAUAUGUGUAAGGCACCUAAAGCCCUUUAAGUACACUUCUUAUAUAUCUUUGGGUCUGUGUGCAUGCUUGGUCUAUUUUGUUAUUCAUAAUUUCUCUAGCAUAAAUAAUUUUUUUAAUUAUAGGACAACUCCAAAACCUCCAGGCAAUAUCACUGUCACCAACCCUAACUAUUUCCUCUAACUUUGAGGUACAUUCCCCUAUGGUUUAUUAUUUGUGCUGACUGAUGGUGUGCUUAUUGGGUGCAUGUGCUACGACAUGGUUUUCCAUUCUUUGACUUUUACACAAUAUGUUUGUUUAUUUCCAUACUCAAUUGAGAGAAUCGUCUCCAUUCUUUAUCUAUUUAAAGAGGUUACUUACAUGUAGGUUGAUUAUACUGACAUGGUCUUCCAAUAAGGUAUCUUUGGUUUAAAAUAAUUUCACCAGUGAAAAGUAGGCAUGUUAACAUUAGCACUGUUUGUCUGGGACUUGGGACUAGUUGACACCAACGAGUACUCGAUGACAAUGAUUGCUAAGAGACUUAAUACAAAUAUACCUGUAUGAGUUGAAGUAUUAUUCAUUUGUUAUAUCUCUUUUUGUGUGUGGUUGUGUUUUGUUUUUAAUCUAUUUUAGUAGCAAAUAUAAUAUAUAAACUUGAAGUUAGUUACAUGGAAGCAUUCAAAUAUAAAGUCAAGGGUCAUUGUUCAUUUCAUGUAAAGUCUUACUUGAUAUAUCCAAGUUUGUCUUAUAUCUCACUUAGCAUUCAAAUAUUUAAUUUGUAGGCACUAUUUGUCUUCUUGUUUGCGUCGUGAUCAUGACAUUCUAGCAAUGGUUUUGUAUGUUGUUGUAUGUGAUUAAUGACCAGUGCUUUAUAUACAAGUUUUGUUCAUCAUGAGUAAACCUUAAAUUCCCGUUUGAGAUUGAAUAUACUGAUUCUUGCAAAUAGUUUGCAUUAAUCGUUGUAUUGAAUCUUGAAUUAUCCGUUUGGACAGUUUGGGAAGAGUCGUAUUUUUAUGGAAGAUUCAUACGUUAAGGUUAACAUUAUUUUGUUGAAUUUGAUGAAAUUUCGGAACAAUGCAUUUCUAGUUGUUCUCUGAGUGCAUACUCCUAUUUUAUAUAAGUACCCAA